UGCGGGGCGGCCGUGUUACACGCGCGGCCGGAGACGUCAACUAACCGCGUCUCGGCCUCAGGAGGGAAGUCCAGCCCGAGUCUGCAACCAGGUGUCUGGGACCCUGAAGGGCAGCUCGUCUGCUCAGCAGUCUGCGUGCUGCCCCUGGACGGCAGGCGGGGUGACCGCGCGCGCAGGGCUGUGCACCCAGGAGGGUGCUUCCCACGCUCCCGCCCAGGCCCGCCUUUCUACCCCCCAGAGGCCCCUCUGAGAGCUUAAAUGCACCUUCUGUGUAUAUUGUUCCGUCUCUGCAUUUAUGAGCAAUGAGAACGCAGAGCUGGCCCUGCGCGCAGCUCGGGCGGUUAGGGCAUCCUCUGGAUACGCCAAGACUGAGGGUUCGAUCCCUGGUCGGUACAUACAGAAGUCAGCCAGCGAAUGCGUGCAUAAGUGAAACAACGGAUUGAUGGUUCUCCCUCUUACUCCCUUAAAUCAGCAAGUAAUUUUUUUUUUAAUCUCUCCCUCCUGGGAGCACGCCUGAGCCUAGGCAACCCAGCUGGCUCACUUCUACCUCUUUAACCUUGUAAAUAAAUUUUGUUUUUCAACUGGAAAAAUAAAAAAAAGGCAAAGCAGUUAGGAGAGCUCUGUAAAGCACUGUCCCGAGUCUGUCACAUUUCUGUCUCCAGACCACAGUGGCAUAUACAUCACAGCGUCCUCCCACGGGAGAGGCGUGAGGUGGUGCCACGAAUUACCCGGGUCAUGGUGGGUGGCAGAGCCACGACUGAGCCCUGGGUCUGGUUCAGUCAGUACACAUCCACUGGGUGCCACGUGCAGGGCCCUGGGCUGGGAGCUGGGCUGGACGCAGGUGCUGCGCUGGCUCCUGGCUGCAGGUUGUGGGCCCGUCCCCCCUGUACCCCCACCUGUACCCCCAUGUGCUCCUCCGGGGCUUGCGACCCCAGGCCAGUGUGAAACUCCUUAGGUCUGGCCUGGAGGCCCAGCAGGUGCGGCAGCUCCGCAGCAGAAGCGCCUGCCACAAAAGCAGAGGACGACUCCUUUCUCCAGUGGUUCCUGCUUCUCAUUCCGGUGACUGCCUUUGGCCUGGGGACGUGGCAGGUCCAGCGUCGCAAGUGGAAGCUGAAGCUGAUCUCGGAGCUGGAGUCUAGAAUUAUGGCUGAGCCUGUCCCUCUGCCCGCAGACCCCAUGGAGCUGAGAAACCUGGAGUACAGGCCGGUGAAGGUCAGGGGGCACUUUGACCACUCCAAGGAGCUGUACAUGAUGCCCCGGACCAUGGUGGACCCGGCGCGGGAGGCCCGGGAGGCGGGCCGGCUCUCCUCCUCGGCCCAGAGCGGUGCCCAUGUCAUCACCCCUUUCCACUGCACCGACCUGGGGAUGAGCAUCCUGGUGAACAGAGGGUUUGUCCCCAGGAAGAAACUGAAUCCUGACACUAGGAAGAAAGGCCAGGUUGAGGGAGAAGUGGACCUGGUUGGGAUGGUAAGGCUGACAGAGACCAGGAAACCUUUUGUCCCAGGGAACAACCCAGAAAGGAACCACUGGUACUACCGGGACCUGGAGGCCAUGGCCACGCUCACAGGCACAGAGCCCAUCUUCAUCGAUGCGGACUUCAAGAGCACAGUCCCUGGAGGACCCAUUGGCGGGCAGACCAGAGUGACCCUGAGGAACGAGCACAUGCAGUACAUCAUCACCUGGUAUGGACUCUGUGCGGCCACGUUGUAUCUGUGGGUUAAGAAGUUCCUACGGCGGAUUCCUGGCACGUGACUAGAUGACUGAUGUAGCCUGUGCUGGGAGUCACUGAAUAAAUAUUCCAACAGAUUGGGUUUAACUGGGCCAUGUGCUAUUGGUAUAAAUAAAUCGCCGCUACCUGA